AUGUACGGCAUAACAUCUUUACGCAUAAAAAACUGUUUUGCAUUCACUGACGACACGGGCGCCGGAGAUCAGGUCCAACUGAUUGACCCGUACGGGUGUCCGGCGCCGGCGGCCGACGCUCUGAUCUCCCCCUUUAACUACAACAGCACACAUACAGCAAAAGCCGUAUUGUAUGAGAUGUUCAAAUACCCGGACACUAAUAAACUGAACAUACAGUGCGACCCAUACUGUGUCGGGGCGGGUGAGCCGGUGUGCGACUCACCCGGUCAUAAGGGUAGGGAUUUAGCCCUCGAUGGGUAUUCACAACUGUCGGCCUCCACCUCGAUGUUUGUUUUCGAGCCCACAGAUGAUUCACUUACCCACGAAAAUCUGUUUGAGUGUACUGAAUGGAGAUUCCCAUGGUUAAUUACCCUGUGCAUAGUGUUGGCCGUGUUAUUACUAUUAAUGUUAUUGUUAAAUAUGUUUAUGUGCUCAUCGCUCAGCUGCAGGUGUAUUAAAACUGAGAUCGUCGAACAGGAACCGGAUGAGACAGUCGACGACUACGACCCAUAUCGGGCUGACUGGACGGCACCGAACUCACGGUACGGGUCCCGCAACUCACUGAACAAAGGCUAUCCCGAGGGGACACUCAAGUCAAACAAAUCACAGCCAAAGUCCUAUCACUUGGGCUACGAUAACGAUGACUACGUUCCCGACCAACACAACCGGUCAUACUCUACACUACAGACCCGUUCGCCCCGACCCCGAUCGCCG